CGUCGGCUGUCGUAAACAGCGUCAAUAUGUCUGAACGAGCAGCGUAUGGCUUAGCCUGAAAGAUAACAGCUUAGUUUUCCUUUUGGUUUAUUUUGCUUUUGUUUCGUUUGGCGACUUGGACUUUAUAUUAAAUGGAGACCAAUAGCUUACUAUGAAACUCCGGGAUCAGAAUGACAGGUCUGAUUCCAGAAGAGCACUGAAACUGAGGUAUUCCCCUGCUGUAAUGCAGCCUAAUUCAAGUGAAGGAAAUGGUUUAUCCCUGAACCUGCAGCCAGAGCCCACCAGGCCUCCAGCCCCCGGGGCGGCUGCUGCCAGCCCUGAGAGCAACGAGGUGCGGGUAAAUAUGACCAGCAAGCCGGGAGAGAGCGGUGGAGGCGCGUCAUCCAGGAGGUCUAGAGUCAACUCCCACAGCCACACACACUCUCAGCCGCACUCACACAACCGGGGGCCACACCACUCCAAUCCAGAGGCCGAGCUGGACCCGCCGGACUCUGAUUUGGACUCAGGAGAACCCAGCUCCUCCUUUUCUGAGCUCCGGUGUCUCUUCCGCUGGCUUCAAAAGAGUCUUCCUUUUCUCGUCAUCAUUUGUGCUAAACUGGUCGUCCAACAUGCUCUUGGGCUAGCAGUUGGGGUUGGACUCUUCACAACUUUUCUAUAUGUGAAUAAAAACAUUCAAACUCAAGUAUUUCUUCAGGAUCGCCACUCCAAGCUGCAGUGUGUCUGGCUGCUAGUGUUCCUGACCUCCUCCACCCUCCUGCUUUACUACACCUUUCUCAGUGAGACACUCCACUAUUGCCUCAUCUUCCUCAGCCCCACCAUCGAGCCGCUGGGUUUCUGGGAGGUUCUGUGGACCGUCGGCAUCACCAACUUCAUAAUAAAGUUUCUCUUUAUGGGGAUGAAGUGCCUUAUCCUGCUGAUACCGUCCUCACUGGUGAACUAUAAAACCCAGGGCCGGUGGGUGAUGCUGAGCGAGGAGCUGGGUCAGGCCCACCAGGCCACGGCUCCUGUCCCGCUGUGGUUCCGCUACCUGGUCACCUACCAGGAGGUGGACGGCACCCCCGGCCUCACACUGGGAGUCCUGCUGGCUUUGCUCUACCUCAUAAUGAAGCUUUUAGGAUUGUACGGACAGUGGACGUCCAUACUGAAAACUGUGAGGGUCUUUCUAGAUGGCGAGCAUACAGGCACAGCAGCCACUAGGAGUCAGUGCAGCGAGGCCGGAGAUGUGUGUCCCAUCUGUCAGGGCGAGUACCGGGACCCCCGGGUGCUGCUCUGUCAGCACAUCUUCUGUGAUGACUGCAUCGCGCUGUGGUUCAACCGGGAGAAGAGCUGCCCUCUGUGCCGCACCGUCAUCACUGAGAAGGUCUACAAGUGGAGGGACGGAGCCACAUCUCCACACCUGCAGAUUUAUUAAGUAUUAAGGUAUAGGUGGGGGGGAUCUAGGGUGUUGGGCUCGUAUUUAUAAUGUGAUUUUGUUUUUCUCCAUACCCCUCUUUCCAGUGAAUAACACACUGUUUCUUUAACGGGCUAAGGGCCACAAGUUGCACCUACAGUUAUUAUGUUUCUGAUGUAUUCACCAGUCAUCCCUAUUCCUCACUCUCACAGAUGACAGAGCUGAUUAUUGUCAUGCCCUUAAAGAGCCUGUGACACAGGUUUCCCCCAUCAUCCAAACCCAUCAAUUUGAGUAAAUAUUGUCCCCUUGAAAACCGUUACUGAACUGAUUUUGGAUAUUUGUACUUUGAUAACCAUUAAUCUGCCCUUCAAUGUUGACCAUUUCCUGGAUCUUCUCGGGGAUUCUUCAAGUCCCGCCAAAUUACGUGUGACGUCAUUGCGGGCACAGCGCUCCAGCUGCACCGUUCAGGAUC